AUGUCAAACGGCGAUAGCCAUGUACGGCCGAUAAAGAGCGAAGAGAUGCAAGAUACAACAAGGCUGGAAGAGAUUGCCGCAGAGCUCGUAAGGCGGAUUUGAAGUGACGUUCAGGCACGACUGACGCGCGUGCAGACGGGUGAGAGCCUCGUGAUAGACGGGAACGAGAUUCUUGGACGGAACUUCGACCAAGUCGAUGCCUCCGUACGUGCAAUACUAGUCAAGAAGAACAGCGCGCAAGGAGCAGUGCGCGUCUUUGGCAAGGAGGUUUGGAACGUGGUCACUGGACCUACUGAGGAAGGAGUUGUAAUAGUUCGACUUGGCGAGGGAGAAUAUUGCAGACUACUUGGUACCCCUACCAUUAGACUGUUCCGACGGUCCAGCUCCUAG